GCGUUUUCCUAUAAGAUGAUCCUUCCCAAUGACACUCAGUUUCACCCUUCCACUUUCUUGUUGCUGGGGAUCCCAGGACUAGAGUCUCUUCACAUCUGGAUUGGAUUUCCUUUCUGUGUUGUAUACAUGAUUGCUCUCUUAGGAAACUUAACCAUCUUGUUUGUGAUCAAAACUGAGAGCAGCCUCCACCAGCCCAUGUUCUAUUUUCUGGCUAUGUUGGCUACCAUUGACUUGGGCCUCUCAACAGCAACCAUCCCUAAAAUGCUUGGGAUCUUCUGGAUUAAUCUCAGAGAAAUACUCUUUGAAGACUGCCUGAUACAGAUGUUUUUCAUCCACAAAUUCACACUUAUGGAGUCAACAGUCCUCUUGACAAUGGCUUAUGACCGCUAUGUGGCCAUCUGUAUCCCGCUUCGGUACAGCACCAUUCUCACCAACAAGGUCGUUUCUAUGAUUGGCAUUGCUGUGCUAGUGAGGGCAAUUAUCUUCGUUAUUCCAUUUGUAUUUCUAAUUUUGAGACUACCCUUCUGUGGGCAUCAUAUCAUUCCCCAUACCUACUGUGAGCACAUGGGUCUCGCACGUCUGUCUUGUGCCAGUGUCAAGGUCAAUGUAAUUUAUGGCUUGUGUGCCAUAUGCAAUCUACUGUUUGACAUAGUAGCAAUUGCUCUUUCUUACAUACAAAUAUUACAUGUUGUGUUUCAUCUCCCUUCUCGGGAAGCCCGGCUCAAGUCCCUCAGCACUUGUGGUUCUCAUGUCUGUGUCAUCCUUGCCUUCUACACACCAGCCCUCUUUUCCUUCAUGACACAUCGCUUUGGUAGGAAUGUGCCUCGUUAUAUACAUAUACUUCUGGCCAACCUUUAUGUUGUAGUACCACCAAUGCUCAAUCCUGUCAUAUAUGGGGUGAGAACCAAACAAAUCUAUGACCGUGUGAAGAAAAUAUUAUUGCAAGUACAAGGAAAGGAAAAGGAAUAG